ACUGAGCUCAACGGUAAAGUCUACAGGUCGGCUGGCUAACGCGGGAAUGGCAAAGGACCCUUUGUGUAGCCUAUAAAUACCGCUGGGCCGCCGAGGAACGGGGAAUUUCGCGUUUACCACUUUCUCGAGGGGAGGCGCGGUGCAGGAUGGAGACGAAGGCAAUCCCAUCUCAAAACGGAAGCUACCACAAACUGGUCGGCGAAGAAUUUGAGCAUGGCAUAUCCUCGCUGAUUUUCCUCGGCACCGGCUGCUCCAGUGCGCUACCCAAUGCACGUUGCCUUACCCAACCAAUGGAUCCCCCGUGUCAGGUCUGCUCUCAAUCGCUCUUCCUACCUCCGGAGAAAAACCCUAAUUACAGGUGUAACACUUCUCUAUUGAUUGAUUAUAUUAAUGAGAAUGGUGCCCACAAGUAUAUAUUGAUUGAUGUUGGAAAAACUUUCAGAGAACAGGUUCUCCGUUGGUUUACACACCAUAAAAUUCCUUGUGUAGAUUCGAUUAUUUUGACGCAUGAACACGCAGAUGCUAUACUAGGUUUGGAUGAUAUCCGUGGAGUGCAGCCAUUUAGCCCAACAAAUGAUAUUGACCCUACUCCCAUUUACCUCACUCAAUACGCAAUGGAAAGUUUGUAG